AUGCAGAGGUCACGCCAGUCGCGGCGCUCUGCCUGCGACAGAUGCCGCAUGUACAAGCUGCGCUGCGAGCGUCCACCAUCCAUCUCGCACAGCCCGAUAGAUGAUGGCUGCCGGCGAUGUCUCAAGAGCGGCGCAACCUGCCGCACGUCUGUCGAGGGGUGGCACGGCGCCAGCAGCACCUCGAGCAGUCAAGGGGCCGCCGUCGACUCCUUUGCAAGCCCGAACAAAAAGACGGCAGGCCAGGAGCAUUCGGCCAUGGAUUUCAGUCUGCCCGGCUUCAACUUUGCCAACGCCCCCGGGACGCCCUCUUCGUUUAUAAGCGACACUCCUCGGAAUCGUCAGGGCGGCGGGGGACCUGGAUCCAACAUGGCACCGGCCGUUGAUGGUCUGGCUGCGUGCUUUGGGGAGGACCCGAGGGGGGACCUUGCUGCCAUGCUGGAUUCUACAGACACGUCGGAUGCCGGUGUUUCAUCCUCGAACCCCCUGCAUGACAUCUUUCAGCUCUGCGCCCAACUGUCCAGCUGCCAUGAAGACGUGCCCAACACUACUACUGGUGGACCAGGGGAGGACUGGCCCACGGGUGCGACCAUCCAGACUGCCCUGUCGUGGACGUCACGGCUCUCCGAGAUUCUUUCCAGCAUUCCCAAUGGUGCGCAUACGACAGGCCCUGGCGCAAACACCGCUCCUGAGCCACAGCUGCCAAUGAGCCAACUGGCUGGGAGCCCGUCUCAGUCGAAGCAGGUGCAUCAAUCUGCUGGCCCUGGCUCAUCUCCAACAUCUCGUCUCUCUCACUGGUGGCAGCCUGCCCAGGUAGUCACUCGGCAGUCUGCAACGACUGAGGGCCAAGGAGGCGCCAUCAAUCCUACGGCCAUCAUGUAUCCCAACCACAUCUCCAGCAGACCUACCAAUGCUACGCAAAGUCGACAAGGCCAAGGCCAUAGCCCUGACCCUGUCCUCCUUACCACGGUACUUGUGACUUCAUACAUCCUGAUUCGUCGGGAAUGGAGACGAAUAUUCAGCUUCCUGCACAGCGCUUUGGAGGAGGCGCCUGGCGCCGUGGCGGUUGCAGCGAUACUACCCCCCUUGCAGAUGGGGGGUUUCAUCUUAGCAAGCAGCCCGACCCUCCAGGUCAUGGCUCUCCUCGACCUGAGCAGCGAUAUGCUCAGUCGAAUCGAGGCAUGUCUUGGAAUUUCUCCGUCGGCGCCCUGGCCCGGUGGGAGGGACGCAGAGCCGAGGGGCCAGGCCAAGCCACUCUCCAUGCUGGCCAUGAACCCCGUCUCCAUAUCGAUCCGGGAGACUCUGCUGUCGCAGGAGCAUCUCAAGAUAUCCCAAGACGGACACGAGUACAGCACGCUGGACCUCUACGACAUCAUGAGUGGGCUAAAGGAACGUUUGUCCAGCAGAGCCUAG